CUCAACCAACAGUUGGACAGUUGCCUGGAAAGUCAAGCAGAAGUUUCACGAAAGCUGACAUUGCUACAAGAUGUUGUGCCUAAGGUUGACUACUUGAUUAAGGAUACGGUAAAAUUGGAUGGUUUGAUUAAGCAUACUUGUGACUUGGCUGAAAAUGUUAGUAGUAAAGUGCGAAAAUUGGACUUAGCUAAGAAUCGUGUAAACUCGGCCAUGAAAAGAGUCGAUGACGUUUUAGAUUUAAAGAACUGUGUUGAUGGCGUACAGAAUGCACUAAAGAUAGAAGACUAUGAGCAGGCUGCUGCCCAUAUUAACCGAUAUCUGAGUCUCGAUGAGAAUCUUGUCAAAGCUACAACCGUUGACAGUGCUGAAGAGGGCAGUGUUGGUGGUGCAUUUCAUCUCCUUCGUGAAGCGGAAGAGCAUUUAAAAGGUAUUGUCAAUGAGAAAUUCGAUACCGCGGUCUCUUCUAACAACACCGUGGAAGUGGAAAGGUUUCUUAAAAUUUUUCCGUUAUUGGGUAUGAAAGAGAAGGGAAAGAGAAAGAUAUCCCAGUAUUUGAAAUCGCAGGUAAUAUCAGAUAACUAUAAACAACAUAUAGAAGGUCUGGCUUCUACUGUUACGAAUGAUCAACGAGAAAAGAUGAUAUAUGCCGAUAUGCUAAUGAAACUAUACGAAUUGAUUGCGAAAAUAAUUGAGAAAUACCAGCCUCUUGUGGAAACAUAUUAUGGUAUUACUGUCGUUGCUGAACAUUUCUUUAAUUUGAUCAAUUAUCAGCGAGAAUGUGAUAAUCGUGCAUCUAUGAUUCUAAAAGCAUUUGAAAAUAACAGAAAUAUUAAAAGAUCGUCUAAAAGCGUUCCCGAUAGGGUAUCUAAGAAUCCUAAUGAGAGAUUUGAUGUGAGGGAAUUUGAUGUGGUAUUAAACGAAGUCGCUGCUAUGAGCCAAAGAAGUGAACUAUAUUUUUCAUUCAUACGAAAAUAUUUACAGGAUGAAAGAUUCGAUUUAAUAGUGCAGUUCAUUGAAGAUUGGAUUUAUUUUUUAGAAGCUGAUAUAUCAUUAAUAAUUCGUGAUUGUGAACUAAGUCAUAAAAUGCAGGAUCUAAUUGGAAAUUAUAUUGCGUUAGAAAAUUUUUAUAUGCAGGAGAUUACUACUAAGGCCGUAGGACUUUCUCAAUCUUACGAUAAUAUCACUGGCCCGGUUACAUCUAAUUAUGUAGAUGAUAUUUUCUUCAUUAUAAAGAAAUCUAUACGGAGAUCAUUAUCCACAGCUAGUACCGAUGGCAUUGGUGCAAUGUUAAAUAAUGCCGCAACUUUGUUAACGAAUUUUUUUAAUGGCAUCUUAAGUGGAAAAAUAAAAUCUAGUUUCAUAGCUGGAAGGUUAGCUGCAAAAUAUUUUAGAUUAUUGAUCAAAUUUUUUAGCAUAGAUUUAACAGGAAUGUUGCAAGGAAAACUUCAACCUGCGUUGACUGAAACUAUUAAAGUUAAAAACUCAUAUCUGGUUACGUUGAAUGAUGCUGAAGUCACAUCUGAAAAUGUCAUUAAAUUAUGUAAAGAUUUAGAGGUUAAGAAUACGAUGAAAAUGCUAACGCAAUAUCUUUGUAGUACAUUAUUAAUUAAUUUUAUUAGUUGUUUAAACGAUUUACGUGACACAAGUGAUGUGUUCAAGGCUAUCGUAAAUAAUGGAAGUACUCAACUGUGUGUAUCGGUAAUAAUGCCAAAAAUUAAAGUACAUAUCGAUGGUUUCACGUCUGCCAGUCACGAUAUUACUGAGGAGACAUUUAAUAAUUAUGAAUUAAAUGAUCCUUUUGUACAAAAUCUAAUCUCUUGCAUAUCGCAAGACAUACAAAAUUAUAAGGAACAUUUAUCGACAGCAAAUUUUGAUCUUUUGAUCAGUUUACUAACAAAUGAAAUCACCACUGAAUUAGAGAAUGCUAUUUUCAGAUCUACAUUCAACAGGCUUGGUGGACUGCAAUUCGAUAAAGAACUCCGUGCUCUAGUGUCGUUUUUAACUUCUGUUACUCAGUGGACUAUAAGAGACAAAUUUGCUCGCCUAUCGCAAAUAGCUAUUAUCUUGAAUUUAGAAAAUGUGAAUGAAAUCUUAGACUAUUGGGGCGUUAAUGCUGGUCCACUUGCAUGGCGAUUAACACCUGCAGAUGUUCGCAACAGCUUAAUGUUACGAGUCGAUUUCAGAAGGGAAGAUAUAAAUCGUAUAAAAUUAUAA